AUGUUCGGGAUCGAAUCCAAGGUAGGCCUAGCAUCCACUGUUAUUCCACCUAAUAUGCUCGGCAAUAUAAGAACUGAAGAAUAUUUAGACACCAUCCUCCAAAAUGAAGCCGAAGGGGCGGCUGAUGAAGAGGAACAAGAAGGAGAGGAGGAACAGGAAGGAGAAGAGGAACGAGAUGGAGAAGAGGCGCCGCAAUUUGCUGAAACUCGGCAACUGGCUGCAGCCGGCCAAGAAAAAACCGCACUUAGAACGACAAGGGGAGCGAAACACCUCUUAAGUGCCCUACAAGUGGGUGACAACGCGACGCUGAAAGUUCCCGAGUUUGAUCGUGGGCCGAGUGACUGCAGGAACCUCCUAGUUGUGGUACUGCAGGGAGACGAUGACCUGUACCAGGUAGGCUGCAGAGAAGGACGCAUAACCACCCGGUACACGGCAGCUGACAUGGACCCCGUUAAGGAGAAGCUCCUCACCCCAGAUGAGGUUCCUGACGUUGAAAUGGCUUUGAGAACCGCUGUAACCAGGUACACAGGAGGCCAAGAGUAUGGGAAGUGUGCUUGUAAAACAAUUUGCACAACUUCCAGAUGCUCCUGA